UCUACUACAAGCUGAUCGUCUCCGUUACGGAUGAUGGCAGCAUCGUAGAAGAAAUUAUGGACCAAACACCAACUCCUUCGUCCACGAUAACGGCAGAUUCCUCCUUAUCAUCUCAACCUCAUUUCCCGCAUCUCCUUUCUGCUUCCCCUAACAACAAUUAUAUUCUCGAAAUCACUCUCAUUUCUGCCCAAGAUCUAUCUCCCGUAUGCAAAUCCCUUCGUACCUAUGCCCUAACUUGGGUAAAUCCCAAUCGUAAACGCACCACCCGUGUUGACAAUCAAGGCCACAACAAUCCCAAUUGGAAUGAUAAGUUCUCGUUUCGUGUAGACAAUGAAUUUCUUAAAUCUGAAUCCUCAGCUGUUCAUGUUGAAAUUUACACCGUUUCAUGGUUUCGUGAUAUUCUUGUAGGAACUGUUAAAGUUAUUCUCAAUAAUCUCAUCAAUACUUUUGAUAACAACACCAGCAAUCACAACAAAAAAUUUGUAGCUCUUCAAAUCCGUCGUCCUUCUGGUAAUCCACAAGGAAUACUCAAUAUGGGUGUAGCUCUUAUUGACAGAUCAAAACGGAGUAUGCCUCUAUUCAAUGAAAUUACGCCUUUAUCAUUGGAUCAUAGAGACAUUUUAGACAGGAAGAUCAAUGAUAUUAAUGCUCAAGAUCAAAUGAUCAACAACAACGACAACAAUCAAAAUGAUGAGAAAUUGCAAAUAAAUGACAAAAUUCAAAUGUGGCAAUCACAUAGCCUAGGUUAUUCAGAGGUUAACAACGGAGAAUUUCCUAACCAAGCAGGCUCAAUCAUAAAUGGAUCAGAACUGUGCUCUGACAUUGGUCCUUCAGCUUCCAUUGUGGCAGCAGAGACAUCAAAGAAAUUGCAUCCAAUGUUGCCACAACAGGUUCCAUCAAAUGCAUUGAAUAGAGAAAAUGAAGAUGGGGAGAGCUCAAUAUUAGAGGAGCUGACAGCAGAGGAAGCGUAUGCUAAAGGAUUGGAGGAACAUGAACAACGAGGAAGAACACGGAGGAACACAGACGGAGGAUUGUAUUCAUGCUUUGGAAAUGCAUAUUGUUUCGAAUUCACAAUUGUAUGUGGAGCAGGUAACAACAAUCAAGGGAAUCGUAGAGUUAAUAGCAGUAAUAGUAGUACUGGCAAGAGCAGGAAGAACACAAAUUCUGCUUAA